CGAUACUCUUGUUGCGCAAAGGGGACAGAAGCGUGAGGGAGAGCGGCACUGACUUUACACCAGCAACAGUUGAUGGAAAAUAAAAAAUGCAAUGGAGAAAGUACAUUUAGUCAUGAUGAACGAAUGAAGAGGGAAAACGGACGAUGUCAAGGGUGUGAUAUAACAUUUGAAGGAAGAACAGAAAGACUACAGAUUGAGUGAAAAGGGGUCUCAGAUAAGAUAAAGAUAAUUUUCAAGAAUGAUCUGGACUAUUCUUGGAAUGGACACCCGGAUAGCACCCAGAUGACACUAGCCCUAUAUUGACAAGAUGGGAUUCCUCGGGGGAAAGAACUCAUUGACCUCCUGAAUGCAAAGAGAUAGAGGAUAACAUUUCACCUGGAAUUUAGUGCAAAUAAUUUGGUGUCUUUUUCUGUUGCUCCUUUACCAUACUUUCUUAUAUUUCAUCGGCUUAUUAGCUAAGCAAGGGCAGAUAGAAAUAUGCAUUUGGGUAAAGCACUUCUGUUUUUCCUCCUGUUGAACUGUGUGACCAUGACUUUGUCACUAUCCACUUGCACCACUGUGGACAUAGACCACAUAAAGAAAAAGAGAGUAGAGGCAAUCCGAGGACAGAUUCUCAGUAAACUUCGACUGACCAGCCCGCCGCAAACAGUGGGUCCGAAUCAGGUACCGUUUCAGGUGCUGUCGCUCUAUAACAGUACGAAGGAGCUGAUCGAGGAGUUGGGAAGAGACAGACAGCAAAGUUGUGGACAGGAUAACACAGAGACUGAAUAUUACGCCAAAGAGAUUUACAAGUUCAAUAUGAUUCAUGGACCACCAGAAAACAGUAAGUGCUGUUCAUUUAUCUAUUUUACGCGUUUUACGCAUGAAGGCCACUUUUCUACCCAUGCGCUUUGUUCGUUUUGUCAAAUCAUGAUCCUACCAACAGCUGAUCGUGUUGCCACGGUGGCUUCUAUUCACAGGAGGUUGGUGGUAUCUUAAUUGAGGAGGACAAGCUCGUGGAAAUGGCUGGAGCGGAAUAGGUGGAAUGGUAUCAAAUUAGGGCUGACCCCAUUUAGUCGACUGGUCAAGUGUUUGGUCCAUAGGCUGUUGGUCAACCAAGAUUUUUUUAGUUGAGCAGUGGCAAAUAUAUAUAUAUAUAUAUAUAUAUAUAUAUAUAUAUAUAUAUAUAUAUAUAUAUAUAUAUAUAUAAAUGUAUGACACACCAGACACCUGUCUGAUUCAUGCCUGUCUGAGUGGACUUAUCUGAAGACAGAGGCUGCGGGGAUGACACACCAGUAUCACCAGUUUACCAUUUACCGUUAAUGACCAUCAUUUAUCAUCUACAAUGUUUGUUUGGUUAUGGUCAUUUCUGUUAAUACAUUCAAUAUAUUAGUAUUACAGUAUUACGGUUGUCAUUGUAGGAGUGGACACGUUGUUUGCAGAGUGCAAAACCUAGGCUACACUUGUGGGGGAAAAGUGUUGGUUUAUUUCAUUUCAUUUAUGAGUUGUCAAUUUUAUUCAUUGUCUUUUGUUUGGAACUCUCCUGUCAAUCUUGAGUAAGGACACGCACCUGAUUAUGCAUAUAACUAGCCCUAGGUUUAUAAAUGUGCCCAUUUGGGGAUCUGAUACUAUUUCUGAUUGUCUUAACUCACCAUUACUGUGGAGCUUUUCAAAGUAAUUUUUUCUAAGCCUAAAAAAAAAAGCAAGUAAACAAAGCCUGUUUUUACAUCCAUUGAGAAUGACAAUAGUUCCUCAACAUAGCCUAUUUGAAAAAUAUUUCCAGCUUGCUCCAUUUCAAUUACCGCUCAGCAUGAAAGGGGAAAAAAUGUAAUGCUCUGUUCCGGUGGAAAUAUCAUAAAAAAGGCCUACCUGAUUACUUCUUAUCCCUUGCGCAAAUAGCCUACAGCUGUGUCUGUCUGUGUCUGGAGCUCACUGGCGCAGGAAACUCUGAGGGCCCAGAAUAUUUUAUACAAUGUUGCAAGUUUGCUAGCUGCAAGCUUCAGGCUGGACCCAAGUUAAAACUUGAUACAAUGUUUCAAGUUCCUUGCAGACAGGCCCUGCAUAGCCAAUGUGAUUUAUAGGAUAUUUAUUUUUAUCAGGAUAUUUUCUACCUGAAGGCUGCAAUGUUUUUAUUUGUUGGCUUUAUGUAGGCUCUUUUAUUACAUAUUGGCAAUAUAAGUUACUUUGAGAUUUGUAUCAUUUUCAUUUGGAUAGAAUUUGGAUUAACCACAUUACAUUGAUUUUGAGAUAUGAAAACUAUUAUAAAUUAAAUAAAUAAAAAAAAUCCACAAAAAUCUGGCACGCAGAUCAGUAGAAAUGGUAAGAUAACUUGGCACUCCAAAUGGAAAAGGUUGCUGACCGCUGUUACAGCCUAUUACUGGCAACUUCAGGUGCUUAAUGGCAGAAUCUGCGAAGGCCAGCAUCAGCGGGCAGUGGGAGGAGGAUGGUCAGGUCAGGAACAGGUUUUUUUCUUCUGGUUAGGCUAUAUAUUGAUCUCUGGCUCCCUCUUUAGAAAUGUGUGUUUUCAUUUUUAAUUGCAGUGAUUUCCAUGUGUUUGAUUCCAUUCCAUUCGCUCCAUUCCAGCCAUUAUUAUGAGCCAUACUCCCCUCAGCAGCCUCCACUGCUUUAUAUUAUGUUAGGUAUGCUUCUGAUCAAAACCCUGCUUAGCUAAAUGUAAAUAGCCCAUUUCUCCAUGGAGAGAGUCUGGGCAGUCCAGGUCUGAUGAUGCCUAAUUUCUUAAUCUGAAUGUCCCAGCUGGUGACCAGCUCAUGCAGAUGUAAUAUUGAUCUCUGGUGGUUUGCCAUAGAAAUGAUUGAAACUAAUAGAGGAACAUACCUCUCCAAUAAAGACAAAUGUAGUAUGAAAGAUCAGUAUAGCCUAGCCUAAAACAAAUGAAAGCAACUUUAAAAAAUAAUUUUCAUUGAGAACUGAAGAAGAAUCUCCAUAUAGCCAAUGUAUAACUCCCCUAUUCAAAAUGUAAUUCUUCUGAUUCCGCUGCAGAGUUAAGCCCCCUGUGUCCAGUUUAUGUGUCAGUGUGCAAUGCAAGCAGUCUAUGAUUUAUUUUAUGGCAUUUGUCCAUACAACUGCCAUAUGAUAUGUUCCAAUUCCAGCUGAAUUGAUCUAUAAAAGCACCCGUAGAACUGCAGCAUAGGCUAAAACCUACUGUAAAAACAUGGAGACGAUGUUAACAAAUUGUACUAAUGAAAUAACGCAAGAAAUAACGCAACAACCCUGCUCCGCCUAAAGAGGAAUUUGCCAACACAACGUUAACGCACGGUCGCAUCCCUGCGCAGUGGAAAGAGCGCGACUGAUGGAGGGCAAAGCAAACAGUCUAAUUGGCGUGAGCGCCAUUCCUCCCUCAUACCUCACAUAAAAGCCAUGGGAACUCCCAAUAGCCGACCCAGCACAGGACCAUUUGAGACAUUCCAUUGGAACACUUUUUUCAGGCACGCCGGUGAGUUUUAGCAUCACUCCAACCACUGCUCCAACCACUGCUCCAAUUACAGUUUUUUCCCAACUCCAGAUAUAAUUAGUUCCCAAACCUUUUGGGAUUCUAAGACCAUUGUUUUAUCAUGUAUUGUGUUCACCUCACCACUGUUUUCUUUAUUGGCACUAUUUAAAAGUUCAAACACAGCUAAUUCAGCUGCAAAUUGACUUGUGCACUAGAACAAAAUUGUCUUGCUCAUCCUAGUUGUCAUUUCCUGUAUAAACGGAACAAUUGAUUGUUCCAGUCUAAUCAGAGUGAGAAGUUUAUUGGAGCAUCUCUCUCUAUUGCAGUGAAUUGUUUAAAGAAGGGAAUUGUUUACUAAGUGGAAGACUUGGAGGCCUAUUCACUGUUCAGAUGCUGGAUCAUUGCAUCAUGUUACUUCUUUAUAAUCAACAGGUGUUUAAAGCCAUUCAAUGACAUUGAACAGAGCUUCCUCUGGCAACAGCUCAAGCCCCUGUGUCAAAUAUGUUUCCUGAGGGCUUCUGACUCUCAAAAUAGUCACUACUACAACCAUCUUGGCCAGAGGUAGCUAGAGGCCGCAAAACAAACAGAGGUCUGGUGCGUGGGCUCUGGGCUGCAUCAUAGCCAGGAGCCCUAGUCACAUCACUCUGUCAUGACACUGUCAUGAGCAUAGUAAAUAAACAGGGCCUAUUGGCCACAGUUGUCACAAGGGCCGGCUCCAGGCAUAAGUGACAUAAGCGGUCAACCAAUUUUUAUUUUAUUUAUUUAUUCUAAAAAUAUAUAUUUUAGGAACUCAGUCAGGGUCAGGGUCUCAACUAACAGUUGAGAGUUAAUUUGAUGGAAACACAUCUCUGGUGGGAUAUAUUGUUUUUAUGCAGAUUUUAGAAUCUAAAAUCUUCAUAAAAACAAUAUAUCCCACAAGAGAUGUGUUUCCAUCAAAUUGACUUUUUGCAGAUAAAAGGCUGUGUUUGAUAAUGUAGUGCACAUAAAAAAAUAACAUUAUAUAGCGUGUGCCCACUCUGGUAUUUUCAAGCGCACGUAUAGCCUACAUGAUGAGAUUUUAUGGACAAAAGAGCGAGAUAAUUUUUUCAAACGGCAGCCACGCAUUGAUUAUCAUGUCACCAGAAUAAGACCCUAGAUAUUUAUCGGACAGGAGCAUCAAGCUCAUCACCUUGCACUUUCACCACCCUGUGAAGUUCAUCAUAACUCUGUAGCUUAAUAAACUGCAUGAUUUCCCGACAAAUUGUAGUGGGAGGACCACACAUGUCAUCGCGUGACUCCAAGUUUACAUCGAUAUGAUGGUUAUUAUAUCAAUAUUUGCACAUAAAAGCGUUUCCACCAACAUUUCUCACAUAAUUAAUUUUAUAGACACAAAAAGAUAUCACCUUGUCUAGCGUAUUUUGUUUUGACAACAUUUGGAACGUUUAUUGAACAUUUUUCUGUUUCCAUCUGGCCUGUCAUGACAUUUCUUAUCCGACAUGUACUUUACUGGCAUAAAAAGGUUGGAUGGAAACCUGGUUACUGACAGUCACUCAAUUAGCCAUGUCACCUAACCAUUUUUAGAUUGGUAAAUUAGUCUAGCCAGUUAUGUAAACUUGUAGUAAUCAUGGCCGAAUACCGACCGGGCACGCAGGGCACGUGCCCGGGGCCCUGACCUCCAGGGGGCCCCCAUAGAUUUUUUAGUCACUCUGACUCAGAUAUCAUUAACAUGGCAUAACAUGGCCCCCAACCAAAUCUCGCUUAGGGCCCCCAAAGGCUAGAGCCGGCCCUGGUUGUCACUCAUUGGCCAUUGAACUAGACUAAUUCCAUUAAUCUCGUACAUUUACCUAAAUGUAGCCUACAAUGCACUUUUUUCCCCCUGUUGUUUUCUCUUUGUUUAAUCCUGUUCUUUGUUCAUGUCCAGAUACACCCUCUAGAGGAGACUGUAAGGGAGGGAGAGUGUUUGUCCCCUCAAUAACAAGGCCUGCAGUGUGGAUGAAUAAUCACUUUUCUCUUCCCUUCACUUUCCAUUAUGUAAUUUUCAUAUGAAGAAGGGCCUGUUUCAGUAUCAGUGAGCGUAAUGUCUAUCACCACAGUAAUACAGCAAUACAUAUUUUCAUUUCAUUUCCAUAAUCUAAUGGGUUUUACAUACACUCUUUUUGGAAGGUGGGAAUAUCUUGGAUAAUUUUCAGAUUGGUGCUUUUUCACUCUUUUUAUUACUCAGUUACAGGGCUGAGUGUAAGACGAAGAGACUUUUCCUCCCAGACUCAUAUGCUUUAAUAACUAGAGUAAUUUGCCAAAAUACUCAUGGUACCAUUAGUUAGGUGUCUCUGAAUAUAAACAGUGUUUUCCAGUAAAGCUGUGGAUAUGACAAGUGCAGAUGGGAGCCAUUUGGUGAACACUGGUAGAGGAGCCAAACUAACGCCACAAGGGCCAAGCGUCUCCAUAAUCCACAGCACCCAGUCCUAGGUUUGGUUUGGGUACUGAACUCCAGUUGUAAUCACUCAUCCACAUAUAUUAGCACUCAUUCACUCUUUAUGUUGACAUUUGGCAUAGUACGUCUGUCCAAAGACAACCACUGAACCAUCUAAGAAUACCACCUAUUGGCUCUCAUAGCUGCAAAUUAGGCGAAACCAGGUUUAUUUAGAAGAAAAGCAUGCAGUGAGUGUUUUGGCAUAGGGCAAUCAUUGAUUCAGCGUUUGGAGGGAAGGAGAAAGAUGUGGACCGGAGCUGAGAACAGCAGUGUUUCUGAUAUAUGGAAUUGUAGAAAGGUGAUGUCAUCCCAAGCAAACAGACUUCUCUGGUCCAUUCCGAAAGACAGCCCCCCCAUCCUUGAUCAAGUGGAAAAAAGCUGUCUUACUUCAGCAGAGAACUCCAUCACAUUAUCUCAUCUAUAGCAGUCAGCCACAGGGCUCCAUGUGUAGAGACUUACUCAGGACAGGAGAGCUGGAAAUGUCUUGUUCUGAGGAAUGUCUUGGUCUGAGGAACGUCUUGGUCUGAGGAACAUCUUGGUCUGAGGAAUGGCUUGGUCCACACUAGAGUGUUGUGUUUAAAUUACAGUAGCACACACAGGUGAUUAUGGCUGGUAUAUUGUUAUUGACAUGACCAUUCAUUCAUAUGUAAUAAGUUUGUGUCGCAAAAGUGUGAAUUGUAAUUGAAUAAUAAUUUGAGCAGUAAACUCUAAUGUUUAUUCAUCUGGAGAUAGCUAUAAUAUUUUAUUGACAUAUUAGAAAGCAUGAUUGGUUACUUAUUAUUUUAAGAUAAAACUGUUAGUUGAAAAAAUGCUACGGUAUGUGUAUGGCCUUCAGGAUAAAACAGAUUAGUCUAAUAAGAUUAGUUAUUAGACAUUAGAAUACCAGCUUUUGCAAUGCCGUUGCCAUUUUUCACUGGUAAACGAGGUCCAGACUCCUCAGCAGCUGGCCAGCACCUGCUUUCUAUGCUCCCCAUUUCCUUUGUUUACCUUCACAUAGCUUUGGCGAGACUGACAUCACGGCCGGCCCUCUGGGCACUGGGAACAGGCUGAUUGCUGGGAGUGUUUGAUGGGAGCUUCUGUGUGAUGUCACCUACCAGGGCAGGGAGAGGAGAGGAGCUAGCGUGGUGGGGCAUCCCAGACACAGGAAGCAGUGAGGUGAGGGCGGAGGGGGACCAGUGUCUGUCUAGGGUGGAAGCUUUAUGAGAAGCUUUAGAACAGAGCUAUUCAAAGUCUGUCCUUAGGUGCUCCUGUGUGGAAUAUUUCACUACUAUUGCAACCCUCACCUAAUACUCUUCUAUUGACCAGGCAUGUUAUUGAUCUAGAACAUGAAUAUCUAGUCAACUGCUCAACAUUUUGACUACAAAUACACUGCUGUCAAGUUUCAGCGUUUAUUCGCCAGGUGCACAGGAUACAACAGGUGUAAUACAGUACAGUGACAUUCUUACCUUGAGAGAUCUUUCCCAACAAUGCAGUGAUAAUGACAAUAAUAAUAAUAUAGAUAAUAGGAAAUAUCACAACAAAUAAAAGUAAGAAUAAAAACCUACGAUGAGCGUUAAAGAACACCAGAAUGCAAGUAUAUACAGGUCAGUGCCAGUACUUUAUCAAUGUGCAGGGGUACUGGAAUUGUUAGUCCUCAGCCCCGCAGUCCAUGGAAGUCAUUGCAGACACACUGCCACAUAUAAAAGAGAAAGGUUACAAAAAGCAGGACCCCAUUUUCAGUCCCUUGGGAAAAGUGGGAGAGGUAUUUGUACCACUUCAUAUGAAAUGCCAUGAAAACCUUGUAUUUACAUAGUAGUUACCGUGUAGAUACAACAUUUUACAUAGUGUGUAGUACGUAACUAUGAUACCUGUUUGUGGUUUGUGUCAUUACACACAGGAUUUAUUACAUGUAUUAUAUUUGCAAACAAAGCCACAUUUGGACAGCUUUCUUUCACCACAAAAGUUACUAUUUUCAAAAUUUUCACAAUGAAUCUCAAAAGAAAGGUGAAUAACCUUGAGAAAUGGGAAGGACUACAAUAUAAUGGAAGUUUGUCACAUUGACAAAUAAACUAUUUUGAGGGGCCAUAGAAGCUCUUUGGUUGCUUCAGAUAAAGUUCAGGUCAAGAUCCCGCUGAUGUCAGCAUGCUUAUGCUGCUGGCCUUAUAACCAGAUCUGAUAAUGGAGAGGAGAGAGACUGUAAAUUAGCCUGCUGUGUAUUUCACUCUAAUUAUGCUGGCAAUCUCUUACACUCACAGCCAUGGAACAAAUUACCUUCAGACCCUUGACAAAAAUAACCCAUAAUGUGAAAUCCACCUAAAACCAUUGCAAUGGGAAAAAUGAGGUCAUCCAAAAGGAAACCAAAGACUUGAUUAGAAUUUCAAAUCUCAUCUUGAAGGGGGGGGGGGGGGGGGUGGGUUUGAGACAGGCCAAGGGAGUAGAGGGCUACUGAGCCCUUAUAGAUUGUGAGGAAGCACAGGACAGAUAUUUGGCUAGGGGUGAAGAGUCUAACGACUGAAAAGGUCACAUAUAAAUAGGGGGACUUCAAAAUAAAAUAGUCCAUGGAAAUAUCAGAUAAUGGCUAUGCCGCGGUGAAAUAGGAUUAUGGGUCAUAGGAAGUUUAGGUAGAUGUGUGAGCUCACAAUGCAUUGUACACAAACAUCCUUCUCCAUUGCUAUAAACAGAUCUAGAUUCAUGUCAACCAAAGGUGUGAUAUCCUUGUUAACCAUCACCAGCGAAUCACAGGGUCUCUAAUAAAGCUCAGGCUUGGGGUUAUAAAUUAGCGAUGGCUUGGCUGUAAAUGAGUGUUUCCACUUGGCUCGUAAAACGCUUGCCGUGUGCUUGUUUUGCUCAACGCUGCAUGCGCUCUGCCUGUUAAAAUAAUAAACGAUUCAAUGGUAUUAGGGUUGGAAAAAAAGAAAAGCUUCCUUGACUGGGCAGUGCAACAGGAAGUAUUUCAGAAGGGGCCCAUCGAGAAGUGUUCUGUGGCUGUUACUAUAACUACUGUACUGUACUACUGUAGCUGAGUUCACUGUCUGCCUUACACAACCACACCACACAGGUUGACAGGACUGGUUCCCCUUCCAAUUGAUGGUUAAAAUAACCUUAAGGUGCUUCUCUCAGUUAUACAUUCAGCCCCCCUGACAAACAGUCACUGAAGGACUCUCUCUCUCCCUUUUAAAUAACACAUUGAUUGAGCUAGUGGUAUGUAUCUACCUGCAAAGUGACUGAACUGAGCUAAACUGGUUGUUCCAGGGAACACUUGGCUUCUGACGUGUUGAGCUCUGGAGCAGGAGGCAGGGAGGAGGAGCACCCUGCCAUCUCAGCCCAGCCUGUUCAGUUCCACCAACACAUGGGACAUUUGGUUUUCAUUUCAUGACUUCAACUUGUUGCUAACUCGGACUGCACAAAGCAUAAACAGAUGGCCCAAGGCUUCAUUUUAUUCACUGGCAAUGGUUGGAGAAUGGUUAACUGUAUUUCUUCUGUUGUAAAGGUCAUUCGUUUGGAAUGUCAAACACUACGAAAUGCAGAAGAUAUACAGAUAAAAGAUUGAAAAAUAAUUAAAGAGUGAAGACUUUAGUCACAGUCCUUCUGUGUGAAAGCAGUGAGGAUUGCAUCAUUAGAGUUGUGUUUUAAGGUGAGCCACUUUGUCUCUGUGUCCUGCCCUGCAGAUGACCUUCCCUACUGCCCCAAGGGCAUCACUUCCAAGGUAUUCCGCUUCAACGUCUCGGCCAUGGAGAAGAACUCCACCAACCUCUUCAGAGCCGAGUUCCGAGCCCUUCGUGUCCCCAACUCUAGCGCCAAGAGGAACGAGCAGAGGAUUGAGCUCUACCAGGUGUGUGAACGUACUAUUCCAUUCCCACUGUACUCAAGCAUGCGGGUGUGUAGUGAUCCAAUUCUCCCAUACAAGCAUCAAAAAGUCCUGAAUUGACAGGAGCUCGUCCCUUUAAAUGAAGGCUAAAGCUAGGUUAAACACUGAAAAUGAAGUGGGGGCAGUCAAUGUUUUGACCCCUAGUUGCACCGCACUUUCCCAAACCAUCUUGCUGUUCAAUGUGUAAAUUGAUGUUUUUUAAACUGUAGUGCUUUGUGUUUUAUGUUGUGAAUAUGUCUGCAACUUUGUGUACUGCUAUUUUGUCCAGGUCUCGCUUGUAAAAUAGAUUGUUCAUCUCAAUGAGACUAACCUGGUCAAAUAAAGGAAAAAUAAUAUAUAAAUAAAAUAUGUCUCAAUGCACAUGGGACAGUGAAGUCAGUCUACAUGGAAAGAAGAAAACAUUUAUAUCAGGGCCCCUAACUCCCCCUCUCUUUAAGUGAUGAUCAUUAUUCCAUGUGCCUCAAGUCAAGUACAUUUGCACACAAUUCAGAGCGUGCUACAGCAGACUCUGAGAAACUCUAGAUUACCAUUUUGCAAUUGCUCCUUUCACAGCUGUCAAUCUCUGAGCUUUUGUCCAACCACCCUUUUUUUCCAAGUUCAGUUAGAUGUUUUCAACAAGGGAUUCAGACAUCUGCACCUGUAUUUGUGUUUUUUAGGAUGUAUGUAUGUGUUUCUGAGUGGUGUGUGUGUGUGUGUGUGUGUGUCCGUGGAUUGUGGGGUGUAUGUGGGUGGGGUGGAUGGGAUGGAUUUUCGUUUCCUCAUUCAUCUCCCGUGAGAGACUGGGAGCUAUGAUCAGGUUCCAACAUUUCCUGCCAGGGAGACAAGCGUCUCCAGCCUGCAUACCGCCUCUGAGGCAGGCUACUCUCUGGCCAGGGCCGAGCUCAGCUCAGACUGGCUGUCAGGCCCCCAGAUUCUUUCCAGGAGCCCAGAGGAGAUAGAGGCAGGGUCAGCCGCUGCGCUGGAGGAUUAA